GGUAAAAUACUCUUUAGUCAUAAAGCGCCAGUCUGAGUGUGGUGAUAUUGUAAGUGUGUACGAUGCUGUUUGUAUUUCUACGUAAACUAAACUAAAAAGAAGCAACAUAAAUAAAAUCCUGCCAUGACAGUGAUCAAGGGUUGCCGACUGAUCUGUCCAAACAACACACACGACCCAAUCCUGAUCCCGGACAGGGAGCCAGUGUACGUGGGAAGGAGUGAGGCGACCAGAUGUAUCGACCCCAGGUGUUCUAGGAAGCAAUUGGAGGUAAUUGCUGACUGGGAAUCAGGAGAAGUGACUGUUAGGCAACUGGGAUUAAACUCGUCAGCCAUUGAUGGAAUUGAGUUGGAGAAAGACAGAAAAUGCAAACUUCCAAAGGGUGGUACUAUCUAUCUUCUGGUUGGUAUGUAUCCUCAAAGAGUGGAAUUCACAUACAAGGAAUCUCCAAAAUCACCAAGCUCUCCUAAAACUGAAAAUUCUGAAAAAAAGAACAAGGAAAAGAAAGAAGCUUUGAAAAGGCCUGCAUCAGACCACACAUCUUCCAAUCCGAAGGUAAAAAAACCACGGAUAUCUAGUGUACAGGGAUCAAAAUCGCAUGAGAUUGAGAACGGUUCUGCAGACAAAGCUGUGGAGGAAGACGAAGAAGAUAUAAAGCAGCUGGAAGAAAAACUGAAAAUUCUGAAGAAAAAUGCUGCAGAGAAAAAGUUUGCUUUCUCCUCAGACAGUGAAGGGUUACUAGCUGACAAUGAACAGAAAAAGAUGACAUCGUCAGGUAAAGGGAAGAGAGGUGGUGGGGAAACCUCUGGAUCUAGUCUGUCAAAAACAUUGUCAGAUGGUUCAUCCCUGAAGAAAACAUCAGCUGGUUCAUGUAAGAGCCCUGCAACUAAAAGCUCUUCAGCUGGAUCAGAUUCAUUAAAUAGAUCCGCAAAGGAAUCAGAGGGUCCACCAGCAACCGAGACAAAAUGGCAGCCAUUUGAGAAAUUAUAUGUCUGUACACGGAAAGGAGUGAGGGCUAGAGAUAAGAUUGCGGGUUUCGACAUUGAUGGUACUAUCAUCACAACUCAGUCUGGGAAAACAUUUCCUACUCAUUCAGGAGACUGGAGAAUCCUUUAUCCAGAGAUUCCAGGCAGGUUGAAGAAAUUACAUGCAGAUGGCUACAAAAUUGUCUUUUUUACUAAUCAGCUCGGUGUAUCUAAAGGAAAAACAACCAUUGAAGACUUGAAGACAAAAUUUGGCAGUGUUCUUGACAAACUUGGAGUUCCAGCACAGAUCCUGAUUUCCACAGGGGGUGGGAUGUAUAGAAAGCCAGCCCAGGGGAUGUGGGACUUCCUGUGUCAGAAAGCCAAUGAUGGAAUCAAAGUUAAUAUUGAUGACAGUCUGUAUGUUGGAGAUGCAGCUGGACGACCAGAAAAAUGGGCAACCAAAAAGAAGAAAGAUUUUUCCUGCAGCGAUAGGCUGUUUGCUAUGAACAUCGGAGUGAAAUUUUACACCCCAGAAGAGUUUUUCAUGUUCCAGAAGACUGCACCAUUUUCAUUGCCCGAGUUUGAUCCUAGGGCUACAGUGUCUGCUCGUAUUGUGGACCCUCCCAGCGCCUCCUUGACCUCCAAGUCACAAGAGGUUGUGGUUUUGGUUGGAUUUCCAGCAUGUGGAAAAUCAUUCUUCUCCAAAACGCAUAUGAUUCCCAAAGGAUAUGUACAUGUCAAUAGGGACACACUGGGAAGCUGGAAGAAAUGUGUCGAUGUGUGUGCUAAAGCUCUGAGAGAGGGUCAGAGUGUUGUUAUUGACAACACUAACCCCGACAAAGAGUCUAGACAGAGGUAUACAAACUGUGCUAAGACAGCCAAGGUGCCUUGUAGAUGUUUUUUCUUCACUGCAACAAUAACACAGGCCAGACACAAUGAGAGGUACAGGGAGAUGAUUGACAAGUCCCAUCAGCCAAUCAAUGACAUGAUCAUGAACACAUUCAAAUCUAAAUUAAAAGUUCCAGAACUAUCUGAAGGCUUCACGGAAAUUUUGCGUAUCAAUUUUGUGCCCAAGUUCAAGGACUCCAAGAACGAAAGACUGUACAAACAAUACUUGCUGGAAAAGUAACAAAGCAUGAAACAUUUCAUGUUCAGCUUGCUGAAAAGCGCAUGUUUUCAAAUUUUGAAAUAAAUCAAUUAUUUACUAUUUUA